AUGAAGUAUGUCAUCGAGCAUAUGGAGGAAGGCUUCUCAGAAUGGGUCAUUCUUGAGUACUCCCAAAUUCUUCGUGAAGUUGGCCCUGAGAAUCUCGUAUUGACAUCCUUGCCUGAGAACACUACAGAGAAGGACAUACCCCAACGUCUCUUAGACUUGGGAUUGCAAUGGACAACCCAGGAAUGUGUUACCAUCGAUGGUGGCAUGGAUAGCUCCAAAGUUUGUUUGCUUGACCCAGCAGCCGAAACAGAUUUGGUUCCGGAGGACAAGUCAACGUUCGAGUACUUCGUGUUUGGCGGUAUCUUGGGCUCUCAUCCCAGGAUCGACAGAACAGGUAUACUAAGAGAGAAGUAUGGCUUCAGCGGCCGGAGACUAGGUGCUUUGCAAAUGACUACUGAUACUGCUAUCAGGGUUACACAGCUUAUUAUUGAAAAGCAAAAGAAGUUUGAGAACAUCAAGUUCAUUGAUUACCCUGAGAUCAAGUUCAGUCAGUAUGAGUCAACGGAGAUGCCCUUUAGGUAUGUUGUUAACUCAGAUCAAGAACCUAUCUUGCCUGAGGGUAUGCUUGAAUUGAUCAAACAUGAUGCAGAGCAGAGUAUUGAUGAUCUUUUAAUGGAAUAG